AUGAUGGCCGAGGACAAGAAGCCGCAGGAAGAGCUGGAGUUCAUCAGCGCUCUCCUCACGUCCAUGCGGAAGGUGGUGACGGGCGCCAAGCACCCGGUGGCGGCAUUCUUCCACCUGUUCUUCAAGGGUCUGGCGCUGCUCCUGUAUAUGUUCGGCAGCAUCUUCAUCAGCAACUUUGUGUUCAUCUUCGUGGUGUGCAUUCUCCUGUUGGCCUUCGACUUCUGGACGGUCAAGAAUGUGACGGGGCGACUGCUCGUGGGCCUGCGCUGGUGGAACAAGAUCAACGAGGACGGAACGAGCGAGUGGGUCUUCGAGUCGCACGAGGACAUGACGGAGAUCGACCCGCUGGACUCGCGCGUCUUCUGGACGGGGCUGUACGGCGCGCCGGCAGUCUGGGUCAUGCUGCUUAUCAUCGCCGUCCUCAAGUUCAACGUCGAGUGGGCGCUGAUCGUGGUGGUCGCGGUGGCGCUGAGCGGCGCCAACAUCAUCGGCUACACGAGGUGCAAGAAGGACGCCAAGCAAAAGAUGCAGUCGCUGAUGUCCCAGGGAGCCCUGGGCGCCUUCAGCUCGUCAGCUGGCUCGUCGAUCAUGUCGACGAUUGGCGGUUUGGCCCUUGGUGGAGGUCUCGGCGGCGCUCUUGGUGGUGGAGCGACACAGAAGCCCACCAAAACCGAAGUUGUCGUCUAA